GGUUUGCGUUUUCGAUGCAUUGUGUAUUUUUUUUUUUAAAAAAAAUUAUGGAUUCGCUGUCUGAUGCAGGAAGUCAGCUCGAAGCCAACAAGAAAGCCAUGUCCAUCCAGUGCAAGGUGUGCAUGCAGACGUUUAUAUGCACAACGUCGGAGGUGAAAUGCAGAGAACAUGCGGAGGCAAAGCAUCCUAAAUCCGAUCUCUACACUUGUUUCCCUCAUCUCAACAAAUAAAACUUUUUUUUCACCGCAUUUUAUUUCAUUUCUACCGUUGGUAAAUAAAAUAUAAACCCGCUUUUCUACCGAAAGGUCACAGAACCCUACAUCGUUUGGUUUCUCCCGAGCCUUUUCUUUAAAACCUACGAUGAUAUUUGCCUUGUUUGACUAUGUUGACCAUUUC